AAUCAAUGGAGUACGGAAAUAGCGUUUGGACCUAGGAAAAACCCAGUGGGGAAAACCCAAGAAAAAUGAUACGGGAUAAAACCGAAAAAACGAAACAGAUCUUGUUCAAAAUAUUUUAAUAAUCGUAAUUUUGUUGCUGCUUUAUGAUUUUAGUGUGAAAAAUCUGAAAACUGGCCUCUUAAAGACAAAGACCAGCCUAAAACAAAAUGGCUUCUAACCCUCCGGUACGUCUGAAAUGGCUAGAGCAUUUUCACCCAUCUUGGGUAAAUGAAGAUUGUGAGACAAUGGCAACCAGGGAGGGAACUGCCAAAUUGUAUGAGCGCCUUUUGAUGAAUAAAGAAGUGCUCACCUUGCCCCAGCAUAUAUUGCAGCUCAAAGGACCAGUCCUUCCAGAUUUUGAACAGGAAGCUCCCUCUUUAGAAGAACAAGAACAUUAUCUUGAUGCUCUUUUGAACAGUCAGUUGUCAUUAGCAAGAGUAGUGUGUUCUGAUUCGCCAUUUGCAGCAGUGCUGCAAAAAAGACUUGUUGUCCUACAGCGUAUCUUUCAGGCCAUUUCUAGUAAGUUCCACGGAGGACGGGAGCAGAAGGUCAAAGAACAUCAAUCCAGAAAUGGUGGAGAAAGGGGAGAGAAUGAGGAAAGGCAGCAAGUGGUGGAUAGGACCCCAGCUGGAACAUCCGCACUUAUUCAUAUUGGUGUAAGAACAGGACUGAGUCUACUGUUUUCUUUGCUGAAGCAAAACUGGACUCUCCAGGCCAAACUUAUGACCACUGGUUCUAACCUUUGCCAGGAUGUCCUGUGUACUGCAGCUGAUGUGAUCCUGUCUUUACCUUCCCUGUCUCUUGCCAAUGAGAGUAAACUGCCACCUCUUGGAGUAGAGUCACUGAACCAGGUGACUCAGUUUCUUAAGAGCACCAGUAUGCCUACUUCUGGAGCUGAUGUUAGUGGAAGAAGAGUGGCAUCAGAACUAGUGCUUGCCUUGGCCUCCCAGAGAGGAUCUUUGAGAUUUCUCUUAGAAUGGGUUGAGCUAGCAUUGUGUGUGUCAGCAGCUUCCAGGCAUGAGUCAGACAGCACAGAGGUAGAACAGCCUGGGAAGAUCAACCAUUCCUUCUUCCUCAGUAUGCUUGGACAGAUUGUAAAGUCUGCUGGAGGUGUAGAGAGGAACAUAUCUGGGCAGUCUAAUAUCCAAGAAGACAGCCAGGGUCUAACCUCUCUCUAUGGGGCUGCUGUGUGCUUGAUGGAAGAGUUAUGCCAGCUAGCCUGUGACUAUGCAAGAUGUUGUGUUUCUCCUGAUGAAAAUAAGAACAACCCCAUGCAGGACCCAGCCUGUGGCACAGAGGGCUCUGAAGUGUUUGUAUGGGGAAGUAACAGCAGUCAUCAGUUGGCUAUGGGUAGUCAGAUGGAGAAAGUGCUGACACCAAAAUUGGCAGUUGGCUUUGCUAAUGCACAAGUGUGCGAGGCUGGACAAUAUUGCUCAUUUGUCAUAUACCAAGACAGCUCAGUGGCAGCAGUUGGCAAAGGCAGCUAUGGUCGUCUUGGCCUGGGAGACUCCAAUAAUCAAUCCACACCAAAGAAGGUGAAUUAUGAAGGCAAGAAAAUUAAAAGAGUGUCCUCUUCUAAAGGAUCUGAUGGACACACACUGGCUCUGACAGCCGACGGGGAGGUGUACAGCUGGGGAGAUGGUGAUUAUGGAAAGCUUGGACAUGGCAACACGGCAACUCAGAAAUUCCCUAAGCUAAUUGCAGGACCACUAUCUGGCAAGGUUGUGAAGUGUAUCUCUGCAGGCUAUCGUCACAGUGCUGCUGUCACUGAGGAUGGGCAGCUGUACACGUGGGGAGAGGGACAGUAUGGGAGGCUAGGUCAUGGUGAUAGUAACAGCAAGCACCUGCCCACCCUGGUCAAGUCCAUCACAGCUGUGGGACAGGUGGCCUGUGGGAGUUCCUACACACUGGCUGUGUCACAGGAUGGACGCACUGUGUGGUCAUUUGGAGGCGGUGAUAAUGGCAAGCUCGGCCAUGGUGACACCACUAGAGUAUUCAAGCCUAAGGUCAUAGAAACUUUCAUAGGUCUGUACAUCAGGAAGGUGGCAUGUGGCAGCCAGUGCAGCCUGGCUCUGACCUCCACUGGACAGAUUGAUUGA